UUUCCCUCUUUCAAACACAAAUCAAAUUCCUAACCUAACCCUCCUUUCAUUGUCUUCGUCCUCUCAAUGCCAAUGGAAACUCCAAGCUCCCACUCUCUCUUCGCCCACAUCGCCUCCCGAGAACUCUUCCGAGUUCCAAAACGACAUCGUAUGGACGGAUUCGUCUCCGGCUUCAAUGAAACUGGUCUCCUCGCCGUACAGCACAACGCCGAGGACACCAUUCCCCUCUCUCUCUCCUUCUGCAAGACUUCAAAAUUUGGACACAUUCUCGCGGUGUCCGACGAGGACGGUUACGUCACCUUGUUUGAUACUCGCCGCAACUUCCCUGUUACUGCAAACUUUGAAGAAAACUCAGAGAAAGUGAAGAUUUGCCAUUGGGUUUCACAUCAGAAUGCUGUUUUUGAUACCUGUUGGAUUAAGGAAGAUACGCAGAUUCUCACUGCUUCUGGUGAUCAAACAAUAAAAUUAUGGGAUGUUCAAGAACAGAAGUGUCUUGGAGUGUUGACUGGGCACACAGGAAGUGUGAAAUCUAUGUGUUCUCAUCCAACUAAUUCUGAUAUUAUUGUCUCUGGUUCUAGAGAUGGAUCCUUUCGUAUUUGGGACUUGAGAUGCAAAUCCACUGCUAAGAGUAGGCAUGGAGAAGUUGGCAUAUGUUCAAUGGGUGGUGUCAAAGGAGCACAUAUUUCAUCUCAAGCAAGACGAACUAGGAGAGGAAAGGCUGCUCCAAUGAGCAUUACAUCUGUUCUUUGUCUCAAGGACCAGGUUUCUAUAGCCACUGCUGGGGCGGUGGAUAGUGUGUUGAAGUUCUGGGAUACCAGAAAUUUGAAAAGUACUGUCACUCAGACAUCUCCUAGUCCUCAGUCAGCUGAAAAGCAAACAUUACAUGGAAUAUCAAGCUUGUCCCAAGAUGAAAGUGGACUUUUUCUUUCAGCCUCUUGCAUGGAUAAUCGAAUUUAUUUGUAUAACACUCUUCAACUUGACAAAGGGCCCUUAAAAUCUUUUUCUGGGUGCCGAAUUGAAUCAUUUUUUGUAAAGUCUGCAAUUAGCCCUGAUGCAUCAAACAUAGUCAGUGGUUCUAGUGAUGGAAAUGCCUAUGUUUGGAAGGUUGACAAACCUCUGGAAGAUCCUACUAUUUUGAAAAGCCAUGAUGAUGGUGAAGUUACAGCAGUUGACUGGUGUAGCUCUGAAAUUGGGAAAUUAGCAACAUGUUCUGAUGAUUUCACAGUUCGAACAUGGAAUAAAAACAGUUAUGUCUCUAGUAUACAAUGUGCAUCUGCCAUCCGAAGAAGAGUAAUGGCAAUUCCUAGUAUAGAGUGCAAAAUGCUUUUAAAUAAUGGAAAAAGGUACUCUAAGACAAAUGAAGAUGCUUUUUUACCCGAUGAUGCUCUACACCCAAUUACGUCACCCACUCCAAUCACACCACCUAAAAUGAACAUAUCUGAAGGCCAUACGAACCAACUUUCCUCAAGAUUAGAUCUAAAUGCAUCCUCUGAAAAAACUCCAGAAUCUGCUUUGAAGAGCCCCUCAUCUGUAUUGAAUCCUCCAUCAUCCCUAAAAAGAACUAUCCGAGACUACUUUCUAGCAUCUUCAAGAACCUUGUAGGCUUAUUAAACCAACGAAAUUCUGUAGUUAAGUAAAUUUUUUUGCACAUAGUGCUUGCAUGGGUGGGUUGGAACUUCUUCAGCCAUGUUCUUGGGUUUGAAAUGUAAAGCACAUAAAAGGAUUCGUUAUAGCAGCAAUAUUCUUUUUUUAUACCCGAAUUCAGAUCAAGCUGGGGUGGGCAAAAGGUCGAAAAUAUGAAAAAGCUGGACAGAUGUUGCUUCUGCUGAUUUCCUAGAGAAAAAAGGAGUAUGCUAAAAAUUUCUUAAUGAUGUGCAUAUGAAUUCUGUCAGGUUUUGUGCAAUACACCCUCUUUGACUGCUAAAAAAGUCUUGACUGAAACACCCUCUUUGAUGUGAAUUAGUGGAACUGUUUGAAUGGAAGACAUGGCUAGACAUCAGGUGCUUAAAUUGACCCCCAGCUAAUGGCUAUCUUUUAGCCAGAAGUUUUUAUUCAUGCUUUACAAGUGCAAUGCACAGAGAUGAAAGUGCUGUGAUAUUUUCACACAAAAAAAAGGCACUGAUUUUUUUUUAAACUAUACCAAAUUAGAGAAUAUUACCUUGGCA